UGCAAAAAUAAUGGUCUAAUGGAGAGAUGGCUCAAUGGUAAUAAACUGUGGCUGUUUGGUAAUCAAGUGCAACUGCUUUCUAAAAGCUGUAUGAUGAUCAAGAUAACUUCUCCCUUCUUCAAUUUAUCAUCUAGUUCUACCAACCCAAAUUUCUACCGACAUUUCGACCUGCAAACAAGAACAUCUUCAAAAGUUAUGGAAAGGUAUGAGAAAAUCAGCAAAAUAGGUGAAGGAAGUUACGGAGUGGUAUACAAAUGCAAGAACAGAGAUACUGGUGAAAUAGUGGCCAUCAAGAAAUUCACUGAAAGCGAAGAAGAUCCCGUGAUUAGGAAAAUAGCCUUAAGAGAAAUAAGAUUAUUGAAGAACUUGAAGCAUACAAACCUAGUCAACUUGCUUGAAGUAUUCCGAAGAAAAAGACGAUUGCAUCUAGUGUUGGAAUUUUGCGAAAAAACGGUUUUAAACGAACUAGAAAAAUAUCCCCGAGGCAUUCCGGAUCUUAUGGUGAAACAAAUAAUCUGGCAAACUAUACAAGGGGUAUCAUAUUGUCAUCAACACGGAUGUAUUCAUAGGGAUAUCAAGCCAGAAAAUAUUCUGCUGACUUCGACGGGUGUCGUAAAACUAUGUGAUUUUGGAUUCGCCAGGAUGUUAA